AUGUUCAGUCAUCAAUUUACUACGCCGCAAGCCAUUCCUGCUGCCUCCCAACAACAACAACAACGAACAGCGAAUGAUGCACAACAACAACAGAGAAGAGGUCUCCCUCAAGAAAGCAUCACGGGUCUCCCGAUCCGACAGCAAGCAAUGCAACAAGAAAAUCCACAACCACAUAUUAAAACAACCCGAUUGAAAUUAACCAAAGCAGCAACUUCUAAAUUGUAUUAUAUUUGUAAAUUUCCAAAACCUGUAGAUUUCAAAGCAAUGGAUGGAGAAGUAAAGAUUAGACUCAAAGGUAAAGAAGAUGAAGCUGCUGAUAUGGAAGAAAAGCCACAAGAGGAGCAAGAAGCACCGGAAACCGAAGAGAACAUGAAUAAGCCAAAAGUCAAAAGAAAGCAAAAGCAAGAGUAUAUUCUUGAAAACACAGGCACACCAAAGAAAGCUUUUGAAGCAAUUCCAGAGGAAACUCAAGAUGCCAAAUAUGCCAUUUUCUUCACUAGACAAAAUCCCAUGACUGGAGAGAAUGAAUUUGGUGUUCUUCCUGUCAGUUCUCAGUGGCUAAACUUUAGACCAAGAAUUCUAAAAUCUCUUCUUGCUCAACAAGUCGAGGUGGCUGAAAAACAAAUGAAACAAAAAGCAGAGCAAAUUGAAAAGAGAAUGAUGAAAAUCAAGCCUUCACUUGAACAAGAGUUGAAACACUCCAGAAAGAUAAAAAAAGAAAAGGAAAUUGUGGAUGAAAUGGAUUUUGAGGAAGUUGUUGACGAUGACGAAGAGGGAGAAUUUGGAAAGCUUUCACGUGAGGCCAGAAUGGAGGCAAAACGAGUGUUUGGCUCUGAUGAAGAAAAUUCCGAAUCUGAAGAAUCUGAAGACUCCGAUGAUGAAGACAAGGAAAGAAAGGAAAAAGAAAAGCACUCUCGAAUGGAGUAUUCAAAAUUAUUGAAAAAGGAGAGAGGAGAAUUGAAUGAAGAAGAGGAAGAAGAUGAACUCAAAGAAAAAGUUAAGGAAGAACAAAAAAAGAGAAAGAAAGAGGCAGAAUCCAAAGCAGAAGUGAAACUUGAAGAACCUGAAAUGAAAAAGAUCAAAACUGAAUCACCACCAUUAACAUCCUCGAGCUCUUCUUCAUCAGCAGAAGCAAAACUCAAACAAGCCAUGCUCAAAUAUCUCAACAAGAAGGGACAAGUGAAAACAAGUAGAUUCAAGAAAAAGUUUUUCAAAGAUUGUAAAACAGAAGAAGAGAAGGAACAGAGAAAGCAAGUGAUUUUGCAAAUCAUGAAAGAAAUUGGUGCCAAGACCUACGAUGAACAAGGUCAUAAGGUUAUCAGAUUGGAUCCAUUGUUUGUGUCUAUCAUUACAUACCACCAACAUGAUCCUUGGGUUUGGGUUUGGGUUUGGGUUUGGGUUUGGGUUUGGGGUUUGGGUUUGGGUUUGGGUUUGGGUUUGGGUUUGGGUUUGGGUUUGGGUUUGGGUUUGGGUUUGGGUUUGGGUUUGGGUUUGGGUUUGGGUUUGGGUUUGGGUUUGGGUUUGGGUUUGGGUUUGGGUUUGGGUUUGGGUUUGGGUUUGGGUUUGGGUUUGGGUUUGGGUUUGGGUUUGGGUUUGGGUUUGGGUUUGGGUUUGGGUUUGGGUUUGGGUUUGGGUUUGGGUUUGGGUUUGGGUUUGGGUUUGGGUUUGGGUUUGGGUUUGGGUUUGGGUUUGGGUUUGGGUUUGGGUUUGGGUUUGGGUUUGGGUUUGGGUUUGGGUUUGGGUUUGGGUUUGGGUUUGGGUUUGGGUUUGGGUUUGGGUUUGGGUUUGGGUUUGGGUUUGGGUUUGGGUUUGGGUUUGGGUUUGGGUUUGGGUUUGGGUUUGGGUUUGGGUUUGGGUUUGGGUUUGGGUUUGGGUUUGGGUUUGGGUUUGGGUUUGGGUUUGGGUUUGGGUUUGGGUUUGGGUUUGGGUUUGGGUUUGGGUUUGGGUUUGGGUUUGGGUUUGGGUUUGGGUUUGGGUUUGGGUUUGGGUUUGGGUUUGGGUUUGGGUUUGGGUUUGGGUUUGGGUUUGGGUUUGGGUUUGGGUUUGGGUUUGGGUUUGGGUUUGGGUUUGGGUUUGGGUUUGGGUUUGGGUUUGGGUUUGGGUUUGGGUUUGGGUUUGGGUUUGGGUUUGGGUUUGGGUUUGGGUUUGGGUUUGGGUUUGGGUUUGGGUUUGGGUUUGGGUUUGGGUUUGGGUUUGGGUUUGGGUUUGGGUUUGGGUUUGGGUUUGGGUUUGGGUUUGGGUUUGGGUUUGGGUUUGGGUUUGGGUUUGGGUUUGGGUUUGGGUUUGGGUUUGGGUUUGGGUUUGGGUUUGGGUUUGGGUUUGGGUUUGGGUUUGGGUUUGGGUUUGGGUUUGGGUUUGGGUUUGGGUUUGGGUUUGGGUUUGGGUUUGGGUUUGGGUUUGGGUUUGGGUUUGGGUUUGGGUUUGGGUUUGGGUUUGGGUUUGGGUUUGGGUUUGGGUUUGGGUUUGGGUUUUGGGUUUGGGUUUUGGGUUUGGGUUUGGGUUUGGGUUUGGGUUUGGGUUUGGGUUUGGGUUUGGGUUUGGGUUUGGGUUUGGGUUUGGGUUUGGGGUUUGGGUUUGGGUUUAA